UGGGAACCUUGGCAAGCUGUGCCACCUGCCCCACCCUUUCCCCACUCCCUGUGGGCGUGGGCUGGCCCUUUCACUACAUAAAGGCGUCCACAGCUGCAGCAGCUGUAUUGAGAGGAAGCUUGGAAGCAUCUCAUCAGAUACAUUCCUCCCAAGGAUCCAGACCCCAGCUCCACCCAGUCUUGCCCACUGCAGCCCAAUCAGCCAGCCCCUUCAAGAUGGCCAGCAAGGGCUUCCAGGACCUGAAGAAACAGGCAGAGGAAACUGCCCAGGAAGCGGCAAACACAGCAACAGAGACUGCCCAAAAGGCUGUAAACCAGGCCACAGAGGCUGGACAGAAAGCUGUGGACCACUUGAUCAAGACCACCCAGGAGGGCAUCGACAAAACAACCAAUCAGGCUGCAGAAGCCAUUUCAAGCUUUGGGAAAAAAUACGGGCUUCAGAAAUGAUGGUCUAUGGAAAGAAGAAAAGGAAUAACCCCCCUCUCUCCUCAAGCCCCAAUCCUCACCUCUUCAUCAGGCUAGGCCAUGGCCAGGGCUGCCAUUUUGAAAGGUCCCAUGGAGUCUGAUCUCUUAUUAAAUGAAUUCCUUUCAUGUGGAGGGAAUGGAAACCCCAA